AUGAAAAUAACAUUUAUUUUAUUAUGUAUUUUAUUAUGUAUUAUUUCAUUUGUACUCUAUUCAAAUACAUCAUUAAAUUGGACAUUAUUAAAUUCAAUUAUAGCCAAUAGUUUAAUAUCUAUUUCACAUUCAUCACAAAAUAUCAUCAUAUAUCCAUUACUAAAUUUAACUGAUAAAAUAAAUUUAACUGAUAAAAUAAAUUUAACUGACAAAAUAAAUUUAACUGAUAAAAUUAAUCAAACUAAAACAAUUUUACUUCCACCAUCAGAAAAUCGUCGUUUUGCAGUAUUUGCUUGUUCAAUUCAUUCAACAAUAUUAGCAUAUACAUUUUAUACACCAAUAACAGCUGCUAGUUGGAAACGUGUUGGUUAUGAAACAAUUGCUAUAUUUGUUGGAGAUUUUACUAAACCAAAUGUUCUUACAGGACGAUUAAAUUUAUCACGUAAUUAUUUAAAACAUAUGGGUGGACAUAUUGUUGAUAUACAAUGUAAUGAAUCAUAUUCAGUUAAAUUAUCUCAAUUAGUACGAGUUUUUUCAGGAUUUUUACCUGAUAGUAUUGUUCAAGAUGAAGAUAAUAUUUUAACAGGUGAUAGUGAUUUAAUUCCAUUGAAAGCAAGUGAAUAUAAACCAACACCCGGUACAAAUGGUUUUAUUUUUAAUGCUUUUUGUUGUGGAACAUUUCAACGACGUGGAAAAACUUAUACAAUGUUUCCAAUGGGUCAUAUAUUUUUACAAAAGAAAGCAUGGCGUGCUAUUAUUAUGGAAUCAGUACAACGUUCUGAACUUCUUAUUAAUGCUGAUAAUCAUACACAAUAUUUAUUAAGUGAAUAUGCUCCUCUAUCAUUUGAUACGAUAAGUUUAUAUGGUCGACAUGAAUUUAAAACAAUCUUUGAUCAACGUAUGGAUAAAGGUGAUUCUGCUUGGUAUAUGGAUCAAGUAUUAUGUUCAAUGUUAUUAACUGAUUAUCGUAAAAAUCAUUCAAAUUUUACUAUAAGUGAACGUGGUCGUAUUGAUCGUCUUGAUCGUGCAUAUCCAAUGAAUUAUUGGAAUCGAGAUGAUUUUAGUCAAUUUGGUGAUUCACAUUUAAAACAUGAUGAUAUACUUGAAGAAGGUAAUUGGAAAAUAUUUAAUAAAUUACUUAAAAAUUUAUUUAAUGAUACAUUUGUAACAUUAUUUAAUGAUUAUUAUAAACAAUCAUUAAAAGUAACAAUGAGUUACUUUUUAAAAUAUGUUGAAAUUGAUAAUUUUAAAUCUUAUAAAGGUCAUAUUGUUAUCGGUCCAUUAAGAAAAUUUACUGCUAUUAUCGGACCAAAUGGAUCUGGUAAAUCAAAUCUUAUGGAUGCAAUUAGUUUUGUUCUUGGUGAACCAACAAAAAGUUUACGUGUUCGAAAAUUAUCCGAAUUAAUUCAUGGUGCACCAAUAAAUAAACCUGUUAGUAAUCGUGCAUCUGUUUCAUUAAUAUUUAUUUCAAAUCAAACUGAUUAUCAUGAUGAAUAUGAAAAACGUUUUCAACGUUUAAUUAUUGGUAAUACAUCUGAAUAUCGUGUUAAUAGUCAACAAUUAUCAGCAACAGAAUAUACAGAAGAACUUGAAAAUUUGGGUAUUAUACCUAAAGCAAAAAAUUUUCUUAUUUUUCAAGGACAAGUUGAAUCAAUUGCAAUGAAAACACCUAAAGAAUUUACAAUUAUGUUUGAAGAAUUAAGUCGUAGUGGUGAAUUACGUGAUGAAUAUGAACAAACUAAACAAGAAAAAAAUAAAGCUGAACAAGAUACACAUGCUAAUUUUCAAAAGAAAAAAGGUGUUGAAAAACAAAAGAAAGAAGUUCGAUUAGAAAAAGAAGUUGCACAAAAAUAUGCUGCAUUAAAAACUCAAUAUGAUGAACAACAAUUACAAUUAAAAUUAUUUCAAUUAUAUCAUAAUAAACAAGAAUUAAUUGAAAAAUAUGAUAUAGCUGCAAAGAAAAAAGAUGAAGUUAUGAAAUUAGAAAAACGAAAAGAAAUAUCUGAUGAAGAAAUAAAAAAUAAAAAAAAAGAAUUAGCUAUUUAUAAUAAAGAACUUGCUACAGAUGAACAAAAAAUUAAAGAAUUAGAAGCACAAAUUAAUAAAAAUCGUCCAACAUAUAUUAAAGCAAAAGAAAAUUCAGUUCAUCAUCAAAAAAAACUUGAUCUAGCAAAGUAAGAAAAAUAAUUAU